CUGACACAUGUUAUGUUGACAGUUACAUAACCUCAACAUCUAGUCGUUCCAAUAACUUUCUGUGAUAGUGAUAUGAUAACAUCCAGUGGUACACACUUUCCAAAGAUUCCAUCCUUACAAUGAUUUUCACGGCUACUUUUCUCACGUCAUGUCUCAAGUUACUCUUAAUCCCGGCUUACCGGUCUACAGACUUCGAAGUUCACAGAAACUGGAUGGCAAUUACCUACAGUUUGCCUUUAAAACAAUGGUAUUGUGAAAAUACGUCCGAGUGGACUCUUGAUUAUCCACCCCUUUUUGCCUAUUUUGAAUAUUUGUUGUCUUUAAUAGCGUCUCUUUUUGAUAAGAAUAUGUUGAUAGUACAAAAUCUGAACUAUGCGUCUGAUGAGACGAUUUUGUUUCAAAGAUUGUCUGUAAUUCUGACUGAUUUAGUGUUUUCUUAUGGAACGCACAAGUGCUGCAGUUCUAUUCAGAAAAGCUGGAAGACGGAUGUCGUCCUUCCUAUUUUACUCAUCACAAACUGUGGCUUGAUCAUGGUGGAUCACAUACAUUUUCAGUACAAUGGUAUUUUGUAUGGCAUCCUCUUGCUUUCCAUCUCAUACGCAAUUCAGGGAAGAUAUUUAUUAUCGGGAUUUUGGUACACAGUUCUUUUGAACAUGAAACACAUUUACAUUUAUUUAGCACCGGCUUAUUUCGUUUUCUUUCUCAAAAACUAUUGUCUCAAUCAAAAACUUUCAAAAUUCCAAAUCAAACAUUUCAUUAUGUUAGGAUCCACAGUCUUGGCUGUAUUUUUCGCAACGUUUUUACCAUUCUACGAUCAGCUAGGACAAGUUUUUACACGAAUGUUUCCCUUUAAAAGGGGCUUGUGUCACGCAUAUUGGGCCCCCAAUUUCUGGGCUCUUUACAACACCAUUGAUAAAGCAGCAUUUCUGCUAAUGUCCAAAAUGGGAUUUUUGGCUAAGAAAAGCUCUGUUGCUUCAAUGACUGGGGGGUUAGUGCAAGAAUUUUCACACGAAGUCCUGCCAAAUGUAACACCAUUGGUAACAAUGAUUUUGACAGGAGCGAUGAUGUUACCAGCCUUAAUAAAACUGUGGACUCUUAAUAAACACCCAUCGAAUUUUUUAAGAUGCAUUGUUUUAUGUGCACUGUCGUCAUUUUUAUUUGGAUGGCAUGUACAUGAAAAAGCUAUUUUGAUGGCAAUCAUUCCUUUGAGCAUUUUAUCAAUAAUGGAUUUAAGUGACGCCAAAACUUUUAUUUUAUUAGGAAUCGUGGGACAUUACUCUUUGUUCCCACUUCUUUUUCCUAGUUCUCUACUUGUGAUUAAAGUCUUAUUGUUACUGUUAUAUUCCAUCUACACUUUUCAUAGUUUGUCCAAAGUUUAUCCUUUUGCCAUCUAUAAUUAUUCAUUUCCUCUGUUAAAUUGCUUUGAAAGUAUUUAUAUUUUAGGAUUAAGUGUUAUUUUUGUGUAUGAGAAUUUUUUACACCAGUUUUUAGGCCUCGGCACUAAAUUACCUUACUUACCUUUGUUACUCACAUCGUUGUAUUGUUCAGUAGGAAUUAUCUACUCGUGGAUAGGAUUUUAUAUCAAUUUUUUCACAAGAACUAAUGUUACACAAACGAAACCAAAUAAAAAGUUCCAAUAA